AUGGGUAAUUAUAUUCAAAAACAUUCAAGUUUCUGUAAGUAAUAGCAGUCUUAACUUUACCCUUUUUUUCCAGAAGAGGAAUUGAAGAGGAACGAGGAACGCGCAACUCUACAGAGACGAUUGCACGACACGUCGCAGAUGUUAGGCCGUUUAAAGCAAGUGCAACACGAACGGCUUUUGGCCCCACCGCCUGCUGAUUUAUUCAUAUUUCCUAAACCAUCAGACACGGAAAUGGUGAUAGCCGACAGAAUUGCGAUAAUUUAA